UUGCCUUUGAGCUGACGCCCAAAGUCAAUUUUGCUGUUGCCUCAUCCUUCCACCGCGCCACACAAGGACAAACACCACGCACAACACCACGCACAACAGCAACAACAGCAACAACAACUAUCAGGAUGAGCACCAUGGAUGCCAAGCGAGCUGCGGAUGCAUCGUCCAACGGGGAUGCCAAGAAGGCCAAGCGGCGCCUCAAGAUUGACUUUCACACCCACAUCCUCCCAGCAGACAUCCCCAAGUUCAAGGAGGAGUUUGGCUAUGGCGGCUUCAUUACCCUUAAACACACGGGGGAGGGCAAGGCCGACAUGAUGCGUGAUGAUGGCCACUUCUUCCGCGCCAUCGAGGACAACUGCUGGUCCCCAGAGGCCCGCAUCAAGGAGAUGGACAAGCUUGGCGUUGAUGUGCAAGUUCUCAGCACCGUGCCCGUCAUGUUCUCGUACUGGGCCAAGGCGAAGGACGCGCUGCGCGUGUCCAAGUUCCUGAACGACGACCUUGCCGCCACGUGCGCCAAGUAUCCAAAGCGGUUCCUCGGUAUUGGCACGGUGCCCAUGCAGGACCCGACCAUGGCUGCGCAGGAGCUCCGCCGCUGCAUGACCGACCUCAACCUCGCAGGCAUCCAGAUUGGGUCGCACGUGAACGACUGGAACCUUGAUGCGGAUGAGCUUGAGCCGUUUUGGGCGGCGGCGGAGGAGUUGGAGGCGCCCAUAUUGGUGCAUCCCUGGGACAUGCAGCUGGACGGCCGCUACAAAGACUACUGGGCACCCUGGCUCGUCGGGAUGCCUGCCGAGACGACGCUUGCCAUCCUGACCAUCCUCAUGGGUGGUGUUCUCGACCGCCACCCAAAGCUCCGCCUCUGCUUCGCACACGGAGGUGGAAGCUUUGCGUUCACGCUCGGCCGAAUUGAGCACGGGUACAACGCGCGCCCGGAUCUGUGUGCUGUCAAGUGCAAGAAGAGCCCAAAGUCGUUUGUCGGCAAAUUCUGGAUGGACACGGCUGUGCACGACAACGAUGCACUGGCAUAUCUCGUGCAAGUCGUCGGCGAGGACAAGGUGAUUCUGGGGAGCGACUACCCGUUCCCGCUCGGGGAGCAGCAAGUUGGCGAGUGCGUCGAGACCAACACCAAGUUCAACGAGGAGCAAAAGACAAAGAUGCUUGCAAGCAACUGUCUUGACUUUCUCAAGCUGAAGGCUGAGGACUUUAUGUGAUGCCUGUUGGCGUUUACUCAACACCACCCACCGUCGACCAACGACAGCCUAUCGCCAAACGCGCCCCAUUCACUCCGCUUGUCCUAAUCAACAACCAACCAUCAAGAACAACAACAGCAGCAGCAGCAGCAGCAGCAGCAGCAACACGCAUGUGUGUCAGUGCAACAUAUGUGUGUUUGUGUGUGCGUGUAUUGCAUGCUUCAUUAAACACGGCCCUUUGAAACAAGGCAACAAAGGAC